UUUGCGAAUCCGAUGUUUACUUUCUCAUCCAUCACUUCAGCGACGACUCGACUCAUCAUCAACAGAUUUAACACCUGCACACACCAUGGCAUUUAUAAUGUAGCAACAGUGAUGAGAGAAUGGGCCGUCCGUACAGUCACACAAUGAGAGGCAGUAGGGACUACAGUCGUUGAUUGCCUGCCGCUGGGAGGGAAGGGCCGGAUAUGGGCACUACCUGCUCCUUUGGGUCCACGGCCGUCAAACAUCAGGAUGAAGAGGUCGUCAGGUGGAGAGGCCAUGUGCUCUAUGGCAAUGGCCUGGAUGGCUCCUCGCCCACCCCCAGCCACAAGUCGGCCCGCCAGCGCCAGCUCUCGGCCGACAUAAGGGCCAUGUACACCAGAGACAAUGCGGUGAGUCUGACCCUCCUGCACUUCAACGACGUGUACAACGUGGAGCCCCGAGACUGGGAGCCGGUGGGCGGAGCAGCACGGUUCGCCACCAUUGUCAAGGGUUUCCUGCCAGAGAACCCACUGGUCUUUUUCAGCGGAGACGCACUGAACCCAUCCAUCAUGAGCAGUGUGACACGAGGUCGGCACAUGGUUCCUAUUCUGAAUGCACUCAAGGUGAACACGGCGGUGUAUGGCAACCAUGAUUUCGACUUUGGAGUGGAUGAGCUGGAGGACAUUGUGCGGGAUACCAACUUCCCCUGGAUGAUCAGUAACGUCAUUGAUAACUUCACCGGUCAACAGUUGGCAGAUGGCCUGGUCACACGGACUGUCACAUGUCAGGGCAAAAAGAUCGGCUUGAUGGGUCUCGUGGAGGAAGAGUGGCUGGUUACCUUGGCAACCAUUGACCGGGAAAACCUGACCUACUUGGACUUUGUGGAGCAAGGCAAGAAGCUGGCCCAAGAACUCAAACAACAGGGAGCUGACUAUGUGAUAGCACUGACUCACAUGAGGAUGCCUAAUGACGUACGGCUGGCCGACAACGUGGACGACGUUGAUUUGAUCCUUGGUGGGCACGACCACGAUUACGAACUGAUGGAGCGGAACGGGAAGUUCAUCGUAAAGAGCGGCACAGACUUCAGGACCCUGUCCCAACUGCAGCUGACCUUUUCUGAUUUUGGCCAAACCAGGGUGAAGGUGGAACGCAUCGACGUCACAUCUGAGGUGCUCGAGGACGCGGAGGUGAAGGAAAUCAUCACCAAUUACAAGAAAAUUCUUGGCACAGAGUUAGAAGGCACACUAGGCAACAUUGAGGUGGACUUGGACGCCAGAUUCGCUUCAAUCCGAACCCAGGAAACUAACUUAGGGAACUUUGUGACUGACAUAAUGCUGGCCUCCACCAAUGCUGAUGUAGCAUUGCUGAAUUCAGGGACUUUCCGGUCCGACAUGAUCCACCCAGCUGGCUGGUUUAAGAAGAAAGACCUGACGUGUCUCCUGCCAAUGGUUGACUCGUUGGUUGUGCUUCAAUUAACUGGCAUUCAGCUGUGGCAAGCUCUAGAGAACGGCGUCUCCCAACAUCCUAAGAAAGAUGGCCGCUUCCCUCAAGUAGGAGGAAUGAAGUUUGGAUUUAACCCCGAGGCUUCCCCAGGCUGUCGAGUGGAUCCUUACUCCAUUAGUGUCGGGGGUCAGCCUGUUUCUCCAAGUAAGAUUUAUAGAUUGUGUACCAAAGACUAUAUAGCCCAAGGUAAAGAUGGUUAUGAUGUCCUCCGAGCCUGCAAGCAUCUGUCGUCCAGAGAGGAGGGUCCCAUCCUGUCUACCAUCGUCCAGAAUCACUUCAUGUCCAUCCACAUAGUCAAGGGUCUCAAGCCCUGCCGUUCAGGCCAUAGGCAGAGCCUGAUUAGUCUCAAUAGACGUCACAGUUUAAUGCGUCAGGCCAGCCUAGACCUGGCCGAGAGGGCCCAGUGCACCAUCUCACCAACAGUGGAGGGACGCAUCUUCCAUCUGACCCAAGAAGAGCGCCACCACUUGACGGAUCGCCAAUCGCAGUUCAUACUUGAUUACAAGGAGGAACUCGAGAUACAGCUGACGGACAAUAACAACACUCCAUUGCAUUACGCUGCCAAGUCCUACCCACACACCCUGACCACGCCCAUCCCUGAGGUGGUGGUAUCCAGCGACAUGUUCUCUGGUAGUCACGGCAAUGAAGAUGACGAUGAUGACAUAGCCUCCCCCUCCUCCUCCUUUGUUGCUAUCUACGAUGACGAUGAGAUGAGAUGCAUGUGGACAGCUGUACAGCAAGACGAUGUGACGGAGGUGCAAAGACUACACCAGGAGCAGUAUGUCAAUCUGAGUUUCAUGUAUGAACAGACCUCGGCCCUUCACGUUGCUGCUGAGCAUGAUGCAUUGAGAGUGGCAGAGUAUCUGCUGCAAGAAGCAAAGAUGGACCCAGACGUCAGAGAUGCAAAGUGCAAGAACACCCCCUUGAUGGUGGCUGCCAUAAAAGGCAACCUUGAGAUGGCAGAGCUUUUAAUUCAUAAUUCAGCAUCUCUAGAUACCGUCAAUCAGGAGGGGAAAUGUCCCAAAGAGUGCUUGCCAGAGAGCUGUUCAAGUCAGUUGAUGAGCCUUCUAACUGUCCAGGGUAAUGUUGAAGACAACCAGACAACUAGGAAGAAUGGAGCUAUGCUAUAAGUACAUGUUUUUUAUUAAUAUUCUUGUCAUGUUGAGACUCUCCAGGGUAGCCAAACACAAUUUAAUAUCCAGAAAGCAUGAAGCUGUACAGCAAGUCAAGUAUCCCUGAAGAGGUCCAAGUCAGUUGAUGCACAUUCUAUCUGUCCAGGGUAAUGUAAAAGACAACCAGAUAACUAAAAAAAUAUUGAGUUUCUGUUGUUUCCUUAGCCAUGUCUAAAUCAGGUGAGGAGCCUCUACAGGGUAGACAAAUUCAAUCAAACAAUAACAAUGGCUGGAGCUUUUCUACAAAUGAGGGUUCCUUGAAGGAUGUCUAGUCCAGGGUAAAAGACAUCCAAACUACUCAUAAGAAAGAAGCUUAAAUCUUCCAUCAUCAGUUGAUCGAUUUCUCUUGCGUAACAAGGAAGCAUCAAAUCCUGCUUUUGGUUGACGUUUCUUUGUAGAACCUUCUACUUAAUAUGUCUGAGGAACAACACUUUCAAAGUUGAGCCUUGAUUUCCUUCCUUUUGUUCAUUUUACGGUGUUACAGGGAAAAGGGUGACUAGCUGAAUUGAAUGAGUUAUUAUAGCUUCUUUGAACACUGCGCUAUUCAAGCUGUGCUAAGGUCUUGAAAUACAUUCAAGACAAUUGAAAGCCUUUCUUAAAUUCUACAGACCGAAUCCAAGUUACUUAAUGUGCCUUCAGAGUCAACUGGGUAAUAUUCUUGUAAAAAACAAAUACACUUUAGUUUUGUUGAAAAAAAAAAUAAUGCAGGAUAAAACUCAACCAGGGUAAGAUCUUUUCCUCACUUUUUUAAAUCAAUAUUUUUGCUGCCUUGUAAGUUGAAGGUUUCAAAGGCAUUUUGACACACCGUGUUGCCUUUCAUAGCGGACCAAAGUAUACCUUCUGUUAUUUUUAGUCUUAGUCAUAGUUCACUUUAAGAAGUGUUUAUUUGUAAAUAAACAAGCAAAUAAAAUUGCAGUCCGUUGCUUACUCCGUGACCAAACAUUAAAUAAUUAUUUAAAAAUGUACAUUUGAUUGUUAUUGUAAUUGUUUAAAGAAAUUUUGAAGAGUUUUGUUGUUGUUUAAUUGCCCACUGAGCCAACUUUAUGAGCAUUGUGGGUGCAAAUAUUCACUGUUGUGUGCUAAUUGUAAUGCUAAGUUUGAUAGUGGCAAUGAAUUGUUUAUGUGGAGAAUUUAUUGUAUGAAACCUUCCACAAAUUGGGAGUAUACAUGUAAGUUGCAAGGUAGCAUUUGCCAAUAAACCUUUUUUUAAAGAUGCAAUUUGCUUAAGUAAGUUCUUGAAUUUUCCAAUUUCACAGACGUUUUACAGCCUGACAGUGUUGUAAACAUAAAAAGAGCUUAUCUUCUCUCCAUAUCUCCAAUGAAAGUGAAGUUUGAGAAUUUUAUUUCUUCUAUUUUACUCUUUUUUGAGGGGGGGGGGUUCAUUGUUUGCCUUGAGAGCCGCAUGCUGUGUAAGAAACAUAGAGGGUAAUACAUAACAAGUACACACACUCUUGUUUUACUAUACUCCCGAGGACAUGCUUUGUGUUUUCCUUUGUCCCUGUAAUAUAACACUCUCCCAUAGACUAAGCACACAAACCUACUACAGAG